AUGACAACACCAAAUGAAUUUCUUGAAUUUGCUAACGAAAUGGGUCUUGGAAGAAUGAAAACUACAUCAUCAUCAUCAUCAUCUUCACCAUUAAUAUCACCUAAUAAUAGUUAUGCAACAACAGGUUUAUGUGUACUUAAUAAUUUAUGUCGUCUUAUUGAACAAAUUCAUCAAUUAAAAUCUGAAAAUAAUCGUUUACGUGCACAUCUUGAAUUAGUUAAUCAUGUUGAACAAUUUCAACAACGUUUUAUAUUACAUGAUAAUAAUGAAAAUAAACGAGAAAAAAAUGAAUCAAUUAUGUCUUCAACAUCUAUUCAUGAUGAAGAAAAAUUUGAUACAUUAUCACCAACAAAUUCAUUAAAGUAUAAAUCUUCGUUAUCAAUCCGAGAACAAAAAGGUAGAAAUUUUUUUAUUAAUCAAGACGAUUCUUCAUCAAUAUCACAUAUUGAUCAUGAUCAAUCUGACCUGACCGAUAGUAAUAUCGGUUUAUCAUUUAUAGCAAAUAGAAAUAAUUGGAAUAAAGUUCGACAUGCUUUUAAAUUUUCUCUUCGACGAAAGCAAUGUUCACCUUCAAGUUCUCCAGUAGCAACUAUUGACCGACAAAUACCGACAAUAAAUAUACCUUUAGAAAGUGAUGAUGAUCAUUUACAAGAACAUAAACUUUCACCGAAGAAGAAGAAAACCGUAACAACAACAAGGGAUAAUCGACAAAUGAUUAUCGGUGAUGAUACUGAUCAAGAAGAUGAAUCGAUUCAAUUUAUUAGAUCAUAUCAUAAAAGAAGAUUUUAUGGAAGUGACAUAACAAACUCAUCAAUUCUUGAACAUCAAGAAACAUCAUCACCAAACUUAGCUUGUAAUACUUCAAAUAUGGAUGAUGAAACUUUAUUAACACGUAAACCAUCAAAAAUCGCACGUUAUCGACGCAAACUUCGUUCUAAACUUGAUACUGUUAAAAGACAAUUCAGUGAUCAACAUUCAUCAUCAUCAUCAAUACGUCUUUUUCAUACUUCACAUGCAUCAGUAUUUGAUGAUAUUGGUUCAGGAUAUAAUCGUGCUUUGUUAACAGCACAAUUAGCACCAGCUUUAACAAAAUCUUAUCAACAAAAAAUGCGUGAAUGGGAAUCAAUGCAAAAAAGUCAUUUUCUUGUGAACUACCGUCGACAAUCAAUAACACCUAAAAUUGAUUUAAUAGCUAGCUCUCGAAAAGCUUCAUUAGCACCAAUAACUAAUGAAAUAUCAAUAGAUCCAACAAAUUUACCAUCAACUAGUGAAAAUUGUUCAUCGAUAAUUGAUGAAUUAAAUCUUGAAAUUCAAACACAUCCAAUAACAUUAAGUCCAAUACUUUCACCUAAUCAACGAUCACUUAUUGUACAUCAAUGGCGUGAAAUUAUGUUAGAAGAAAUUUAUCUUCGUCAUUAUAAUGAUUAUCUUCAGAAAAAACUGAUUUUAUUAAAAGAACUUGAAACAAAUUUAAAAACAUUAAAAACAAAUAUUUUUUGUACAAAUUAUAAUACAAUUAAACAACAAGCAAAAAUAAAAUUUCAAAACUAUGAUGAAUAUAAACAUUCAUAUUUACCUCAACGUUGUCGUUCAUUACAAUCAUUAAUAUCAAUGCCUGCUUCAUGGGUAUUAGCUGUACAAAGUGCUGCUUAUUCUGAUGUAUUAGAUGGUACAUCAAAUAAAACAACUGAACGUGCCAUAUUAUUUAAUAAAGAUUUCUUCGAUCAACUUGAACAUUUUAAAAAAGAUCGAAUCAAAUUUGAACAAGAUUCAAUGAAAGAUUUACAAUUAUUAAAUUCCUCAAAAACAAAUCAAAAAUUAAUUACAAAUAAUAUUCGAAAAAAUAAGUCUCGUGUUAAACUUAUUUUUACACGUGGUCCUUUACGUAAAUUAUCUCUUAUAUCAUAUGCAGAAUUUCCUCAAUAUUUUCUGCCUGAUCCAGUAAUGCCAUUACAAACAAUUAUACCAUCACAAAUAGAACCAACAUCAAAUAUAGAACUUAUUUCAACAACAAUAACAAAUGAAAUUAAUUCAAAUAAUAAAUUAUCAUCAGAUAAUUUUAAUAAAGAUUCAAAACGUUCACAUUUUCAUUUUAAAGAAACUUUUCAACGUAGUAAAAGUAUAUGUAUCAAUCAAUUUAAUACAUGGCUUCAACGUCAUCGACAUUCACAUUCAUAUAAAACAAUACGAAAACCAAUUAUAGAAUCUAAAGAAGAAACAUCAUGUUUUACACCAACAUUAUUUAGUUCACCACGUUUAGUUCGUCUUCAUCAAAGAUUAUUUAAACAUCAUUCUCAAACUUUACAACAAAAUAAUCAUACUUCAAAACAAGUAGAAACUAUUGAUGAUUCGGAUAAUCGAUCACAACGUGAACUACCUGUUAGAAUUUAUUUUCCACCAUUAACAACUCCAAUAUCUCGUCAUGUACGUAUAACUGAUAUUGAUAUAUUAAAAUCAACAGAUGAUAAUCAUGAUAUCAAAGUCCAACAAACAUUUGAUUAUUUAACAACACCAAUUAUACAUCGAAAAGACUCAUCAUUAUUAAAAUUAACAACGGCUAGAGAACGACGAGAAAGUUUUGCUUCGCUAUCUAAUACUGUUAAUAACCGAUAUUUAUAA